CAAGUGGAUCAGGGCUUAUCCACCCAUUUUGAGAAUCCUCAAAGAAAUUCAGAUUUAUCUUUUUAUUUCCAUGAUAGACCCAAAUAAAUUCUUCAUUGAUUGAACGCGAUUUUAGUGCACGGAAACAGGAUUACUGACCUGCAAGCACUGCCAUUGUAAUUCGUAUGCGUUGAAGAAUCCCACAUAUCAAAUGGUUCGGACUUCAAAUUCCAGUUCGGUGGCUGAACAAACGAAGCUGGUAAUACAGAACAGCCAUGGUGAGAAGCUCGUUGGGAUAUUCCAUGAAACGGGCUCUCCGGAGCUUGUAAUUAUAUGCCAUGGAUUCCGUUCCUCGAAGAAUCGCAUCCCUAUGGUGAACCUCGCGGCUGCUUUUGAAAAAGAAGGAAUUAGUGCCUUCCGUUUUGACUUUUCUGGCAAUGGGGAAAGUGAAGGAACAUUUCAGUAUGGUAACUACCGUAGAGAAGCUGAUGAUCUAAGAGCUGUGGUCAAACACUUCCGUGAGGAGAAACGAUGUGUAGUGGCAAUUAUUGGGCACAGCAAAGGUGUUCUAGAUACAUCUCUGCAAACUGACCAUUUUUUUUUUUUUUUUUAUUGUUGUUUUUUCCCUGGUUCUUAG